GUGUGCAUGCAUACAAGAGCAACAAGAUACUGGCGCAGAGGAGCAAUGCCCGGCAUGGAUGCCUUCGCUGCUGUGUCACUACUCGCCACACUCUUUCUGGUUCGUGCGGCAGCUGCCCAUCCUCCGGCGGCGGCUGCGGACGCCAUGACGCCGACGGACUAUUGGCGAGCGGUGCUUCCUGAGACCCCGAUGCCCCGAGCCAUACUCGACCUAUUGACCACAUCUACAGUUGGUGAGGGCUCAAGGAAGGUCACCACGUCAAAUGGGUACCAAGGCCAUGACUUAAGAACGGUCAGCACAUCAUAUGCAUCUCAAGAUGGGGACAACUCAUGGAAGGCCACCAUGUCAUAUGGGUUCCAAAGUGGUGAGGGCUCGAGGAAGGUCACCACAUCAUAUCCGUACCGAGGGCAGGACUUAAGGAUGGUCAGCACAUCAUAUGUAUCUCAAGAUGAGGACAACUCAUGGAAGGUCUCAAUGCCAUCUAGGUUCCAAGUUGGUGAGGGCUCAAGGAAGGUCACCACGUCAAAUGGGUACCAAGGCCAUGACUUAAGGACGGUCAGCACAUCAUAUGCAUCUCAAGAUGGGGACAACUCAUGGAAGGCCACCAUGUCAUAUGGGUUCCAAAGUGGUGAGGGCUCGAGGAAGGUCACCACAUCAUAUCCGUACCGAGGCCAGGACUUAAGGAUGGUCAGCACAUCAUAUGUAUCUCAAGAUGAGGACAACUCAUGGAAGGUCUCGAUGCCAUCUAGGUUCCAAGUUGGUGAGGGCUCAAGGAAGCUCACCACACCAUUCGAAUCACAAAGGGAGGACUCAAGGAAGGCCACCGCAUCAUAUGGAAUCCAAGAUGAUGAGGACACAAGGAAGGCCACUACAUCAUAUGGAAUCCAUGGGGAGGACCCAAGAAAGGCCACCACGUCAUAUGGUUCCCAGGAUGAGAAGGGAUCAAGGAAGGUCAUAAUGUCAUAUGGGUCUAAUGGUGAGGAUGAUCCAAGAAAGGCCACCACAUCAUAUGGAAUACAAGAUAAAGAGUAUCCCAGGAAGGCCACCACAUCUUAUGGAGUUCAAGGGGACAUCCAUCACCAUGACCAUGCUGCCGUUCACAUCCACAGCAGCGGCAACAAGCUAGUAGCAGAUGUUUUCUUCUUCCACGACGUCCUACGCCCAGGGUCCGUAAUCACGCCGAUCAUCCCACCGACCAUCACCCUACCACCUCUGCUGCCUCUCCGCGAGGCCGACGCGCUCCCGUUCUCCACCGGGCGCUUCGCCGACAUCCUCGCCAUGUUCGCGCCGACGACAUCCGACGCCAUGGGCGAAGAGAUACGGUCGACGCUCGACACCUGCGAGAACACGCGCCCGCUCCCUGGCGAGAAGGCCGCCUGCGCCACCUCCCUCGAGUCUCUCGCCAGGAUACCCGCCGUCCUCCUCGGGACACGCAACGUCCGCGCUUUCUCCGGCGACAUGCCCACCGAUCCUGCCGGCACGUCGGCGAAGCGGGGGCGGUAUAACGUAACGGCCGUGCAGAAGCUCUCCGAGUCACUGACGGCGGCGGCGUGCCAUGACCUGACGUACCCCUACGUUGUGUUCUACUGCCACACGACCAACCCAGCGGCCACGUACCUGGUGAAGCUGGCAGCCCAGGAUGGCGGGACGCCGGACAUGGAGGCGUUGGUCGUGUGCCACCUCGACACGUCGUUGUGGAGUCCCAGACACCCAUUCUUGGUGGCGCACAGUCUCAAGCCAGGGGACGACGCAGUCGUGUGCCAUUUUCUCUCUAAGCUCAGCAUCGUCUGGGUCCCCGCUGGCGAGCAGGGGUGGCGUGCGUGAAGUGAAGCCUAAUAGCGUUAAGUACCCGUGCUCAGAGCUCUAUCUGUAACCUGUAUGGACCUAAUGUGGCUCUGUAAUGCUAAAUAAAACCUGCGUCAAUCAUGUAUCGUGA